AUGGUCAAUAAGUUAGCAACUAAUGUUCUUAAUUUUCAACAGCAAACUCUUAAUUUCCAAAAAGAGACGAAGGAUUUCCAACAGAAAAUCGAGACGUCCAUCGGAGAGUUGACCACAUCGAUUGAGAAAUUGACCUCUCAAGGGAAGCUGUCGUCACAAACAGAACCAAACCCUAGACAAAAUGCGAAUGCAGAAUCUUGGCCAAGAAAUUACCCAGGAAAAAUCGAGAAAGACGAACAGGUCCGACCGAAGCCUCCAUUGCCUAAAAUUCAACCUCCAUUUCCAGAACUAUUCAACCAGUGUCGAAGAGGUAAAGAGGACAAGGAAAUCCUUGAAACAUUUAGGAAAGUCGAUAUCAACAUUCUGCUGUUGGACGACAUCAAGAAAAUACCGCGGUAUGCUAAAUUUCUUAAAGAGCUUUGCACCAACAAGCGAAAAUUAACAGGUAAUGAAAGAGUGAAUAUUGGUGAGAAUGUAUCUGCAGUGUUACAGCAGAAAAUGCAGGCAAAAUGCAAGGAUAGGGGCAUGUCUGUUGUGCAUUUAGAAGGAGUCCUUGAGGAUGUUUUGGUAAAAAUCAACGAGCUUAUUUUCGCUGCAGAUUUUUAUGUGAUCAAAAUGGAGGAGGAUAGCACUCCUGGAUCUUCAGAUCUCCUACUGGGUCGACCGUUCCUUAGUACAACUAGUACUAAAAUCUACGUUCGAAGUGGAACUCUUACGAUGGAGUUUGAUGGGGAGAUCGUAAAGUUUAAUGUCUACAAUGCCAUUAGCCAUCCAAGCGAAACCUCGAGCGCACCAGAGUUGGAGUUAGAACCCGCAGGAAAGGCAAGGAAAUUAGACAGCCAAGAGUUAGAAAAAAUUCGCAAUGAUGCCUACGAGAGUGCUCGUAAGCUUCGAUCACGAUGGAAAUGA